GAAACCCCACCAAAACCAGAAGCGCAGAUCUCAUCGACUUUUAGCGAUAGCCGCCUCCGCUUCCGUUACUUUUCCUCAUCACCGUCUUCUCUUGUUAUCGUCCGCAACCAUGCCUCGUCGGAGCUCUGGAGGACGAUCUGCUUCCCGUCCUGCCCCGCGCGCUCCAGUUCGCAAUCCUCCGCCGCCAGCUCAUUCGGCUCCUUCACCCGCACCUGUACAAGGUGGUGGAGGUGGGUCUAUGCUGGGAGAACUUGGUGCCACCAUUGCUCAAGGUUUGGCCUUCGGUACUGGAAGUGCGGUCGCUCACAGGGCUGUCGAUGCCGUAAUGGGUCCUCGAGUUAUCCAACAUGAGACUGUUGAUUCAUCAUCUUCUCCAACACCUAUAGCAAACAAUCCGGGAGGUUCUGAAACUUGUACCGUUCAAUCAAAGGCCUUUGAAGAUUGUCUGAACCACUAUGGAAACGACAUUGGGAAGUGCCAAUUCUACUUGGAUAUGUUGAAGGAAUGUCGCAGGGGCUCAGGUUCUGUUUUGGGUGCUUAAAAGAAUUGAUUUUUGGAACAACUAUUAUUAUUUUCUCACUCUGUUCCAUUCGGAUGACCGUAGCGAGCGGUGUCAUGAUCAUGUUGUGUUCUUGUGAAAGUGUCUUCAUUUUACGAUCACUUCUAUUAACUUCAAUAAAAAGUGCUUUAUGAUGAAACACUUCACCAUUUGGUCUCAA